CGCAGCGCCUGCGCGCUGUCACCUUACGGCGGAACUACUCCGGCGACGCCUGCGCCUUGAUGCAUUUGGCGCUGGGGAAGGGAAAAGGGGGACUGCAGAAUGCGUCACACCCGGAAGCAGAGAGCCGGAAGUGGGGUUGGACCGGUUAUCCCCAGGGGUGGGGAAGCGGAGGCCCAGGAGGAGGGGGAAAAAGAAGGCGGAGGAUCCUGGCUACUACUCUGCAUUCGAUACCGUUUCUCUUAGACCGCAGAGACACAGAAAAAGGGAAGGGUGUCUCAUUCUCCUUCCUCCCCUCCUCCCUCUCCUCAGCCUUAGCCAUGGCCGAAGCUGGGGCCGGACUGAGUGAGACCGUCACUGAGACAACGGUUACCGUGACAACCGAGCCCGAGAACCGGAGCCUAACCAUCAAGCUUCGGAAACGGAAACCAGAGAAAAAGGUUGAAUGGACUAGUGACACUGUGGACAAUGAACACAUGGGGCGCCGCUCAUCAAAGUGCUGCUGUAUUUAUGAGAAACCUCGGGCCUUUGGCGAGAGCUCCACGGAGAGUGAUGAGGAGGAAGAGGAGGGCUGUGGUCAUACACAUUGUGUACGAGGCCACCGCAAAGGACGGCGUCAUGCAACCCUGGGACCGACCCCCACCACCCCUCCCCAGCCUCCUGAUCCCUCCCAACCCCCUCCAGGGCCAAUGCAGCACUAAAUUCCUCUCUCCCUCACCAUUCCUGUGUCUGUCUGGCCCUGAAUGUGUCCAUGUGGCUACUUCUCCAGCCCCUACCUUUCCUCUCCUCUGCGUGAUAGAAGGAAGAGGAAGAGGAGGUGGACAGAGAUCUGGAAUUCUGACUUGCUGCUAUUUCAGAACCCAGGCUUCUGGGUUCCCCCAGUUCUCAUUUUCUCCUCCCUCAAAUUCUCCUCUCUCCAGAGACCCAGGCGUCUUGGUCCCAGUCUCUUCCUUUUGUUCUCACUGCCAAACUGCCUAUCCUGGGAUCUAGUUAUCUUGGCCCCCUGCACUCUCAACUUGAGUAGCAAACACUUAAAUUGGAUUUUCAGCAGUCGCAGCUUUCACUGCCAGAGUCCCAGACAGAUUCCAGGCAAUCUCACCUCAGCUAUGCUUGUUAAUCCUGGUUUAGAGCUCUUCCACUAAGGUAUUUAAUCCUAAUUCUUAAGUCCUUGCCUGUGGGUUAUGGGAUCUCAUAGGAGACCCCAGGCCUUUCAGCCCUUCUCCUCCUUUCUACCUUCCUUAUGCUCUCAAGAGAAGUUAGGAGAGAGGUCUUUGUUGUUCUCACCUCUAACAGAAAAUGGAACAAGAAAUAGUCGUAUACUUUCUCCAUACCCUUAUGUGAUCUGGGAUUUCUGACAAUGCUGACUUGGUCACUUAGAGCCAACUAUUUCCUCAACUUUUGGUCUUUCAGCUUCACAGACAGAUCCAGCAUAGUCCCAGGGGUCUGGGUUCCUGGGAGAGGAAGGAAAAUGGAGGAGCAAUGAGAUGGGGGUAUGUCCCCUAGCUACUCUUGUACCCCUUCCUUCCUAGGCUUUGAUGUCUCUGCCAACCUGAAUGUCCAGCUCUCUCACCCCUUACUGGGAUCUGGUUAUAAUUUUCCAGUCCUCUUGCCAUGCAGUUGCAGAGAUCAGUUUAAUCCAUACCACCACUGAGAUCUCAUUUAUUGCCACAGAUGCACAAAAUAAAUAACCCAACAUCACAAAA